AGUCCUCAACAUCCUCUAGAUCCAUGGAACUAACAUCAGGUCCUCGAAUCUCUUUCUCUUCUGACUUCCUUGACACCAAGAAUUUCUUCUCCAUAACCCCAAACUCUGAUCAGACCUGCAGAAACCAUGAAACAGAACAAGAGAAAUCACGUAACGUAGACUUUGAGUUCCUCUCCAGCAAUGCCAGUAGUGAUUCCAUGUUAACAGCAGAUGAGCUCUUCUUUGAAGGUAAGCUGCUUCCCUUCUGGUCAAUGCAUCAUGCAGAGCAACUCAACAGCAUCUCUCUAAAACCAAAGGAGGAGGAGGAGGAGAAAAAGAAGGAAGAGGAGAAUAGACUCAGCUGGUUCAUGGAUGAUGAUCCAUCUCCUCGGCCCCCUAAGUGUACUGUUAUAUGGAAGGAAUUAUUAAGACUGAGGAAACAGAGGGCAUCAUCAUUGUCACCAUCUUCAUCGUCUUCAUCAUCUUCUUCGGGUUCACUUGCUGAUAUUUGCCCUAUGGAUGAUGGGAAGGAACACAAAGAAAGGUCAUGGAACAGAGAGAAGCAUGUGAAGAGGAUAAAGAAAGAGUUGGAGAGGACAAGAUCAUCAGCUAGUAUAAGAAUAAGGCCUAUUGUCCAUGUCCCUCCUUGCACCCAAACAAAGACUAGUACAUUCCCUCCCUCGCUUUCUCUUAAGAAAGGAAGUGGUGAGAGGAAAAUGAUUUAGGAUUGAAGUUACUCUCUUUGGUAGUAGGAUUGUCCAAAAUGUUUAUCCUUUCUUCUCCCCCCCCCCCCCUCUUCUCUCAUAUUUAGAUGAAUUAUGUUGAAUUGCAGAUCUGGUGCAUUUUGUAUGUAAGUUAUGACUUC